AUAUAGUCUGAAUCAAUUACACGCUCACUUCCUAUAAUCGUUUGAUGGAGUGAGAGGAGGUAGGGGAGAAUGAGUUCUAAUUCGAUCCAAUGGAAUGCUGAGACGAAAACGCGACUUAAUGAGAAGGUCGCACAGAACAUUGGAGAUCUUGGGUCUUUGACCAGAUAUGUGGUCAGGUCGUCGAAAUCCAGCGAGCUUUUAGCACAGGCUGAAAAGAAUUUUACCUACCAAGAAAACAUCAUUCAAAAUUCAUCAGAGUCAUUGAAGAAAAUGAUGAACAUCAAAAAUCAGCUUGAAUUCCAACAAGCAGCCAUGGUUCGAAGCAUGAGUACAAUUGAUGACAUUCAGGAUAUCCUCAAGACUAUACAACGUUGAUGCAGGAAUCACCUGAGCUGA